GUUAGAUCCUCGCAUCUGACGAUUUCACUCGUCGCGCACGGCAACAAAAGAAAGCACACACCUUUCUUUUUCGCACUGAAGUUUUGCUAAUCGCAUAUAUAUAACUAACGCUUUCCCUCCUUUCUGCUACUCGUUUCGUGCUCCCAUCACUGUCUCUCCCUGGGUCUGUUCAUCCCUUCAUUCAUUUCACCACCUUUCGGUUCUUCUUUCGGUUCUUUCAUUUCUCGGCAUCAACUUUCAUCGGCUCGCCCACCAACCCUGCCUUAGCAUCUGUCAUAACAUCCAGCCAUUAGCAUCUGCCGCUCCAUUUGACAUCUUCAUUCGAUACCUGCCAUAUCACCUUCACAUCUGUCGCUACGUUUUGAAAACCGACAUUUCACCCCAUUGUUGAUCCCAUUGACUUGCAUUCCCACCCAUUAUGACCUCGCCAGACAGAUACAUCGGAACCAGAAACCGAUGCGCGGCCGUGCACGCACGCGCGCCGCGCCUAGUUGCACGCGAGACCGCGACACACGCACAGACCGUGUGCGAGUACGACCAGCAGCUCUUGACGCACGCGCUACAGCAAGAGCAGCCAAGCGACACCGGGGCCCACCCCUACCUGAUCCCCUCCCUCGAUCUCUUCUCGCAGCAGCCGGAAAUCAACCUCCGCAUGCGCCCGUUGCUCCUCGACUACCUCAUGGAAAUCAUCCACAAGUUGAAGCUCCACGCCGAGGUGUUCUACACCACUGUCAACUUGAUUGACCGCUACUGCUCCAUCCGCAUCGUGCGCAAGCAGCACUUCCAGUUGUUGGGGCUCACGGCGCUCUGGUUGGCGUCCAAGCUCCAGGAGAACAAGCUCAAGAUUGUAUCGUUAAAUGACCUCCUUGCCAUCUGCUGCCACUGCUACGCCAAGACGUUGUUUGUGGAGAUGGAGCAGCACAUCUUGAAGUCGUUGGGCUGGAUGAUCAACGCCCCGACCGUCAACUUGUUCACCACGUUGCUCACCGACAACUCCGAGACUCUCCACGGGUGUAGUUACUUGGGCGAGUUGUCCCAGUUCUACCCGGCCGUCUACUACAAGCACAAGGCGUCGGCGAUCGCGCAAUGUGCCAUUGACUUGACGUUCACGGCCAUGGCGCGUGCACCGUAUGCGCCGCUCACCGCGACCUUGGUUAAGUACAUCAAGUGCCCACCCCCAUCGCUCAAGGUGCGUUAC